AUGGAAAAAGAGGAAUCAAAAAUACGAAGAAGAUGCUUGUCUCUAGCGCCUUUUAAUGUGACCCUUUUGCUGGACAAGCUAACCCCGACGCAGCUGAAAAAUCUACAGAAUCACAAGUACUCUGCCUCUGGUCGAUCCCUCCUGGAGCCCUUCUACGAUCCAUGGUGGAAUUUUGCAAUUACACUUUGUCCCCUGUGGAUCGCGCCCAAUAUGAUUACCUUCAUCGGCCUUCUCGCAAAUCUUUCCAGCUUUGUCAUCAUGUUUAGUUAUUGCGGCUUAGAUGGAUCUGGAAUUGCGCCGAAUUGGGUUUUCUUCUACGCUGCGUUUUCCUUGUUUUUCUAUCAGACUAUGGAUGCGAUUGAUGGAAAACAAGCUCGAAGAACUGGAACCGGCUCUCCUCUUGGAGAAUUGUUUGAUCAUGGAAUGGAUACAAUAGCCAAUUGUUUCUUUCUUCCGAUGAUAAUUAUGUCGACAAACUGCGCUGAAGAGCAAGAAAAAGCUUAUUUCUUGAGCUAUCUUUGCUUCUUCGUGUACUACUUCUCGCACAGUCUCCAAUACAUCACUGGAACUUUGACGUUCGGGCUUAUCGACAUCACCGAAAUCCAAACUUCAACGAUGGGCCUCCUCGUUAUGACAGGUCUAAUGGGCCAAGAUCACUGGGCAGAAGCAAGUCCGAUUCCUGGUCUUUCAAAUCGAGAUACGAAAAUUCCGAAUUCCUCCUCAAGAAUGUUCAUCUUGCUUUCUAAAGGUGGCUGCGGACCGAACGGCUCCAGCUGUGCCGGCACCUCGAUUCUUUCUCCAUUUCCUUCUAUCUUGCUCAUUAUCGGACUAGGCAUCGUCGUCGGAAAUAAAACCGGAUUGGCAGCUAGAUAUCCCGUCGGUUUCAUUUUUUAUAUUUCGAUGCUCUGCGCUAAAACUGGUCACAAACUUAUCGUCGCUCAAAUGACAAAAGCAUCGCUUCGAUUAGCCGACCCUUGCCUCUGGAGUAUCUGCUUGUUGGGAUUCAACCAGUAUGUUGGAGAUUUGCUGCCGCCUAAUUGGUUGUUUGCGGGUCUUGUUGGAUAUGCGAUUAUUGACUUGGCAAGAUACUGUAUUAGAGUGUACACGCAGAUUGCGGAUUUCUUGAAGAUCCGCGUCUUGACGAUUCCGAAAGAGAAGCAAAAACUCAAGAGCCAGUAA